AUGGGCAUCUUUUCUCGAAAGGACAAGGUUCCCAAGGGUAACUCGUCCAUCGCAGCUUCACAAUCAACGGCCAGUUUUGCCUCUGCAAAUUCACGGGGUAUCGGAAAUCGCAUCUCAGCUGGAAGCUUCACAUCAGGAGGCACACCACUAUCACCAAUGUCACCAGUCAAGCUGCCCAAGGUCGAUCUUCCACGACCUCCCGACCCUCAGUUGGACCCUGUCGGAUACCUCCGAAGCUUGGGCGCCGUGAGGGACAGGAGCCAGAUUAUUAUGGACAAGGCGAAGCGUAACGAGCUAAAUCACUUUGAUGUCGACCUCACCAAGUUAACAGACGUGGUUACUUUUGUUUCCGGCCUCAUUAAGCGAGAUUACGAUGCCCCAUUUACUAGCAUACCUGGCCAUGGACGAUACCAGCAUUUUUGUGUUGGCGGCCGCGACCGAGUCAAAGAGCUGACCGAUUCUUGGCCAGAUUCCGUGGAUAGCACCGAACGUUGUCGUCGACUCAUCGACCUUUUUCUAGUGAGCGUCUUGCUUGAUGCUGGCGCGGGUACUCAGUGGAGUUAUAAAAGCAAGGAGAAUGGCAAGAUUUAUCGACGUUCGGAGGGCCUCGCCGUUGCCAGCUUGGAAAUGUUCAAAGAGGGUCUCUUCUCCGGUGACGCAGGGAACAAAUUUCAGGUGGACAAGGACGGACUUAGGGCUUUGACUGUGGCAAAGCUUGAAAUUGGGCUUCAGUCUCGCACUGGGAAUGAAUUAGCCGGCUUAGAAGGUCGUACCGACCUGCUCAUUCGGCUUGCUGGCGCGCUUGGCGAUAAAACGGAUUACUUCGGAGCAGAUGGCAGACCUGGAAACAUGAUUGAUCACUUGCUUUCUCACCCGUCCACUCAAGCGUCUUCGAUGCUAAUCGUACCAUUGCCAGUCCUUUGGAACGUCCUGAUGAAUGGUCUGGCGCCCAUUUGGCCUCCAUCUCGGACGGCCUUGAAUGGUGUGUCUCUUGGAGAUGCAUGGCCGUGCCAGGCCAUGCCCAACCCAGGUGCCGCAUCAUGGGAAUCCAUACUGCCGUUCCACAAACUCACGCAAUGGCUCACAUACUCUCUCAUGCAACCAAUGCAGUCGCUGCUCAAUAUGCACUUUGCCGGAACUGAAUUGCUUACGGGUUUACCAGAGUACCGUAAUGGCGGUUUGUUUGUGGAUCUUGGCGUGCUGAAUUUGAAGAAGGACGAUAUGGAUCGCGGUCUCCAAAACUACACCAACUACUGUCGCCGGACUGGCCAUAAGGGAGUGGAGGUAGCUCCCAUGUUCGAGCCUAGCGAUGACGUGGUGGUUGAAUGGCGUGGUGCAACAGUCGGCUUACUUGAUGUCCUUUGUGCGGAAGUCAACAAGUAUCUGCAAAAAGAACUUGCCGGCAACGAGAUGACACUGCCUCAGCUCUUGGAGGCAGGAAGUUGGAAGGGGGGCCGCGAAAUCGCCGAAAUUAACCGGCCGAAUACCAAGGAGCCACCUAUUCUUAUUGAUAGCGACGGAACCGUGUUCUAG